UAACUUGAACUUUAAACCACUGUGGUAACAGUGGGGCUCGACAGUAAACCUCUACAGGACAGUUAAUCAUAAAUAAGAGGUGUCUCUGAUGAUAGCUUAUCAGCUCGCUAUCUAACGGGCAGGGCACCGGUCUUACGACCCGGGUCCACCCGACAGCAGCAGAUGUGUUUCUAGAUUUUCAGCGAUAUGUUUGUGAACGUGUGACGAAUCAGGAAACGGGCGCAGACACAUCUGCUGAUGUCGGGUAAAUACAAACACGCACACGUAGGGUAACCAUUAGGGGUGUAACACCCGUAGCUAGCUAAAUCUUCCGUGCCGCCCUCCGUCGCCGUGUGUUUUCCUUCAGGACUUUCCCCCCUUCUCGAGGUGCUUAACGGGCUGAAUCCCGGCUGGUCCUCAACAAUGUCCGGUGACCUGUGUGGUGCUUCUGGGCCCAAGCCCAUCAAAUCCCAGAGAUCCCUCCCAGGAACGCCUGUUUCUGCCACACACAACCCCAUCGACCUGCGAACAUCCAUGGAGGAGAAAUACAAAGAGAUUGCUGAGGAGCUGUUCACACGCAGUAUGACAGAAAGUGAGAUGCGAACCGCACCGUACGAGUUCCCGGAGGACAGCCCCAUCGAACAGCUUGAGGAGCGACGGCACCGCCUAGAGAGGCAAAUCAGCCAGGACAUUAAGCUUGAGCCAGAGAUUUUGCUCCGUGCCAAACAGGACUUCAUGAAAAUUGACAGUGCUGCAGACCUACAGUACAUGCAGGAGAAGAGUUUUGAUGAUGUUGAUGAUGGCUUCAGGGAAAGGGCAUUGCCACUGGAAAGAGAAUACCAGCGGGUUUCAAUAUCCGGGGAGGAGAAGUGUGGGGUGCCAUUCACUGAUCUGGUAGAUGCUGCAAAGUGCGUGGUGAAGGCACUAUUCAUACGGGAGAAGUACAUAAAGCGAUCCAUGCAAUCCUUUUGUAAGACCACGGCUCAUGCCCUGCAGGAACUUGGGAUGAAGCCUUUGGAUCUGACAGACUAUGACGAUAUAGCCGAGACCCCUGUAGAUGCUGACGCUCCCGUUCACCCACCUGUCUCAAAGACACACCCCUACGACAUGGACCCCAAGAAUAUGCCGGGAGACACAGGAUAUGGUUGCAAGAUGGUGGGCGGCCUCGUCCACGUCUACUCCAAGAGGACCAACAUGGAUAAGAGCACAGAACUGGACCUGCCAUACCCUGACCUGACAGAGUAUAUUGAAGACAUGAAUGUUAUGAUGGCCCUCAUUAUCAAUGGCCCAGUGAAGUCUUUCUGCUACCGCCGCCUACAGUACCUGAGCUCUAAAUUCCAGAUGCACAUCCUUCUGAAUGAGAUGAAGGAGCUGGCAGCGCAGAAGAAAGUUCCACAUAGAGACUUCUACAACAUACGAAAGGUGGACACACACAUACAUGCUUCAUCCUGCAUGAAUCAGAAGCACCUGCUGCGAUUCAUCAAGCGAUCCAUGAAGAAAUACCCAGAGGAGAUUGUCCACAUUGAACGCGGCCGAGGCCAGACCCUCAAGGAGGUGUUUGAGAGCAUGAACUUGACGGCCUUCGACCUGAGUGUAGACACACUUGACAUGCAUGCGGACCGUAACACGUUCCAUCGGUUUGACAAAUUUAACGCCAAAUACAACCCCAUCGGAGAAUCUAUCCUGAGAGAGAUCUUCAUCAAGACUGACAACUGCAUUGAAGGAAAAUACUUUGCACACAUAGUCAAGGAGGUGAUGUUCGACCUGGAGGAGAGUAAGUACCAGAACUCUGAGCUGCGCCUGUCCAUCUACGGCCGCUCCAGGAAUGAAUGGGAGAAGCUUGCUCAGUGGGCCCUCAAACAUCGCGUGUACUCUGAUAACGUGCGCUGGCUCAUCCAGGUGCCCCGUCUUUUUGAUGUGUACCAAACAAAGAAGACGCUGGCUAAUUUCCAGGAGAUGUUGGAGAAUAUCUUCAUGCCUCUGUUUGAAGCCACAAUCAACCCGCGCAAGCAUCCUGAGCUGCAUCUCUUCCUGGAGCACGUGGUGGGUUUUGACAGCGUGGACGAUGAGUCUAAACCUGAGCACCACAUUUUCAAUCUUGACAGUCCGCUGCCAGAGAACUGGACAGAAGAAGACAACCCUCCUUACUCCUACUACCUCUACUACACCUAUGCCAACAUGACUGUGCUCAACCACCUGCGAAGGCAGAGAGGCUUUCGCAUGUUUGUGCUGCGACCUCACUGCGGGGAAGCGGGUCCGGUCCACCACCUGGUGUCAGGUUUCAUGUUGUCAGAAAACAUCUCCCAUGGACUGCUGCUCAGAAAGGCACCGGUGCUGCAAUAUCUUUACUACCUGGCUCAGAUUGGCAUCGCCAUGUCACCACUAAGCAACAACAGCCUGUUCCUCAGUUACCAUCGCAACCCGUUGCCAGAGUACCUGUCCAGAGGCCUCAUGAUCUCUCUGUCCACCGACGAUCCCCUUCAGUUCCACUUCACCAAGGAGCCUCUGAUGGAGGAGUACAGCAUCGCUACUCAGGUGUGGAAACUAAGUUCCUGUGACAUGUGUGAGCUGGCAAGAAACAGUGUCCUCAUGAGUGGGUUUUCACACAAGGCCAAAAGCUACUGGCUGGGCCCCAACUAUUCUAAGGAGGGUCCUAUGAGCAACGACAUCCGCCGUACCAACGUCCCUGACAUCCGCGUGGCGUACCGCAGCGAGACGCUCUCUGACGAGCUUCAGCUCAUCACUCAGGCCGUGCACCCCGAAGAGCUGGACACCAUCAACGAGGAGGACUCUCUGUCCAUGGGCCCUCUCCCGGGGCAACGCUGAAGUCACAGCAACCGGGGACCUGUCCUGUGAAUGCUCAACCCUGCGGUGCACCCAGCAUGAAGAGACGCGGUGCAAGGGCAAUUCAUCACCAACCAUCACUAGAGAAGUACGCCGCACACACGGCUACACCGCUAUCAAAACGCCGAGGAUGCAGAGCCAAACGAGCACCCCCGCUUCUACCGUCUUUCGUCCUUGCGGGACUCAUUUAAUCUUGUUGAAGUUCCAAAUACAUAGUUGGUGUUUUCCCCAGAUUGUGUGGGUUUUUUUUUUUUUUUUUUUUUAAACUUCUCUUGCUUCCUUUGUUCUUCUUGUGGUAUGUUCAAUCUGUCAGCUUCAGGAAGGUUAGCAGAGGUGACCGACAAAAUCUCCUUGGACCAAGCAGAUAGACACUUGUCGGGCUUAUGUUCUCUUCUUUUAUUAAUCCACAAGCAUCCUGUCCUUCCAAAAGCCUUCAGCUGAUCCCAUUGAGCCACAUGUUUUGAUUCACAUUUAAUUGCACAGCAUGUAUUGUCUCUGUGUUUUUUGACAGAAACACUGACAACCAGCACAUUUAAACUUCCUUCACUACCAACCCACUCUGAACAUUUAUCUUCUGCCAUAAAGUUGUGCUGCAUAACUAACCCUUGUGUAUCAAUCAUCUUUAUUAUACAGAAUUGUAAUGAAGGAUUACAUAUGUGGGCCUUUUGAAAUACUGCAGGUGAAAGUUGGACGAACAAAACAAAACUGACAGGUUACAUGUUUUAAGCUAAAGCUCACACAGGAACAGUAACACGAUCAGAGAGAAGACAAUGAAGCUUCUGUCUGAAUGCUGGAUGUUAGCCGUAAGUUGGGCUUAUUGUGCAUUCCGAUCAUUUGAUUUGCCAAAUGCAGACAUGAAUCAUUCUUUUGUGAUUUAAACAAGCUUAGAAAGUGAAAUAUAAGGGAGAAACUCGAGUCUGAACAUGUGGCAGACUUCCUGUUGGUCGGCUGCAGACAUUCCACAAAGCAAAGUUAUUUUUAGCCUGGAAUGAAUCCAUUAAAUGUUUAAAAUCUUCCGUGGUAAGAUAUGAAAAGGGGAAUCGGCAUAGUUUUUGAUGGGCACCACAAAUAAGUUUGAUGGAAACAGCAAUUUCUGUUGAAGUUACCUCAUUAUGCCUGUAAAUAUAUGGACCCUGACCUCCUUUUACCCAAUUUAACUCAUUCCUUUCCUUACGGAUAAAACAAAGUCCUCGCUCCGCAUGUGGUGCACUGUACAAAUGCUCCAAGCCAAUACUUCACAGUGCCUUAUCAUUUGUAGCAUUGGGCUAAGAAUGCCCAGUUUCAGUCUUUAUCACCUGCAUUGCAUUGUUAUUCCUCAGCCUCUGUGCUUGCAACAUCCGCACCGAUACAACUGAAACCACCCAGCUGCAUGCUCGGUGUCUAAUAGCUUUUGACAUCAACCAUCCCUGGACAUGGGAAAUUGGUGUGUGUUUUUGUUGUUAAUGCGCAUGCGUGCAUGAAACCUAGAUGCGGCAGUUACCACACAUUGGAAUCAGAAAAUGUCAGUGUUAUUAUUUGAAUAGCCCUCAUUGUCAGUAUAUCCACAUGUUUUGUUCUAUAGAUGAUGGGGAUGAAAGAUGAGUUUGUUCAGCUAGAAUACGGAGGAUGCCCCCAUGUGCGCUCGACAUGCCCCCAUGUGCGCGUUUGUUGCAUAUCAUGAUACGUUUUUUUCAUUUUUAUGGGGGAUAUAGAGAUAAGAGAUUUUGUAUUCACACUAUAUUGAUGUUGAGGUUUAUGUUGUAGUUUUUUUGCCAUUAAUCAUAGUCUAUUAGCAUUACAUCACAAAAAUA